AUGGAUCGGCGUGUCACCGUGACGCCCCCCACCAUAGGUGCCUCCAAACAACCACCAUCACUAUGGGCGAACGGCUGCGACGAGCACAAAUUUCUUGGCUUAGAGAACCCACGCGAUCCAUUGGCGUUCCGCAGCGUCUCUGCACUCAGCGUCCGCCUGUUGCCUGUUCGCCUGACCGACGACGCGCGCGACAUGUUCAAUGGGCGAGGACCCUCCAUUGGCACGACGCCUCAUCACUCUGCCACGGGCCGAAUACCCUACCCGGCUCCAUACCUGGAGAAAAAGGUCAGCCCAUCAUGCUUUGUUCAUGCUGCAGGGCAAGGGCUGGAACAUCGCCCGUCCACCGCUGUUCCUUCACCGUAG